AGCGUCUCAAUCAGGAAGUGGAGAAAACAACUAGGAAGAAUAAGUUGGAUAAAAUUCCCCAUUUCUGUUCAUUUGACGCCGCUAUUCGUUAAGUUUCACCCCGUACGCCCGGAAUUUGGAUUAAGAGUAAGUAACACGUCAAUGGUCAUGGAGAGCAUUUGCCGUUGUUAGAAGUACUCACUCGGACACAGCCAGCGCGUGGGUGGUGGUCGGAGGGUGCAUAGCCUCAGUCAGCUGGUGGUCAUGUGUUAAGCUGUGGUCUGAUGCCCAUCCUCCCCUCAGCGCUGGCCAUGGAAGGGGAGAACUACCUUCAUCCAGAAGGCCCUCAGCUGGACAGCAGCUUGUUCCCUGUGGCCUCCCCUAACAUGGAGAGUUCUAUAUAUGCUUCCUCUGGUUCCUGGGGAUCCUUCUCUCAGCAGCCUGGAUACAGCAUACACUGCCCUAUGCAAUCUGGAAACCAGCAAUACCACAGCAGCACCACCCCCACUCCGGAUGUGAACAUGGACAUGUACUCGGGAUUCCCAGAUGUGGACUUUGCCGGUCUCAACCUCCCCAGGAACGGAGACUUCUCCCAGGACCUGUCCUGCAUUGAUGACCUCUCCAACAAUUCCCUGUUCUCCUCUCCGGCUGACUCCCUGUCGGAGUAUGCUGACACCCAGGCCUUCAUCGGCACAGACAGCCUGGCCACAGUGCCCACACUCUGGGAUGUGAGCACCAGUACCACCACAACACCAGCACAGAGCCAGCUAGAGGCUCAGAGAACCCAGUCACCACCAGAAGAGGAGGAGGAUGCGGAGGAAGAAGAGACAGAGGAGCUAGGACAUGUAGACACAUAUGCUGAAUACAAACCCUCCAAAUCCACUAUUGGAAUUUCCCACCCUGACAUAGUUGUUGAGACCAACACACUGUCCAGUGUCCCACCUCCUGACAUCACAUACACUCUGUCCAUCCCCAAAUCGACCAUCAACAAUGGCCUGCUGUCUGCGUUGCAGCUAGAGGCCAUCAUCUACGCCUGCCAGCAACACGAAGUGAUCCUACAGAACAACCAGAGGGCAGGCUUCCUUAUUGGAGACGGGGCAGGGGUGGGGAAGGGACGCACUGUGGCCGGAAUCAUCCUGGAAAACUACCUGAGGGGAAGGAAGAAAGCACUAUGGUUCAGUAUAUCCAAUGACCUGAAAUUCGACGCAGAGAGAGAUCUCAAAGACAUAGAUGCACCCAAUAUUCCUGUGCAUGCCUUAAACAAGAUAAAGUAUGGAGACACAGCUACCUCAGAAGGAGUCCUAUUUGCGACCUACUCUGCGCUCAUUGGAGAAAGCCAGGCAGGAGGGCAGCACCGCACCAGAAUCAAACAGAUCUUGGACUGGUGCAAGUCAGACUUUGACGGGGUCAUUGUUUUUGAUGAAUGCCACAAAGCCAAGAACGCUACAUCUACCAAGAUGGGUAAGGCAGUGCUUGACCUGCAGCACAAGCUGCCACAUGCCAGAGUGGUGUAUGCCAGUGCCACAGGUGCCUCUGAGCCAAAGAACAUGAUCUAUAUGAGCCGCCUGGGGAUCUGGGGCGAGGGCACGCCCUUCAAAACCUUUGAGGACUUCCUGCACGCCAUCGAGAAAAGAGGUGUGGGUGCCAUGGAGAUUGUUGCCAUGGACAUGAAAGUGAGCGGGAUGUACAUUGCCAGGCAGCUGAGCUUCUCAGGGGUAUCGUUCCGCAUUGAGGAGAUCGGACUGGACAAUGACUUUAAACUGGUCUACAACAAAGCUGCCAAACUGUGGGCGGAGGCCCUGCAGGUGUUCAUGCGUGCGGCCGAUGAGCUGGGCCUGGUGAGCAGGAAGUCUCUGUGGGGGCAGUUCUGGUCGUCUCACCAGCGCUUCUUCAAAUACCUCUGCAUCGCCGCCAAGGUCCGCUGCCUGGUGGAGCUGGCCCAAAAAGAGCUGGAGGCGGGGAAGUGCAUCGUUAUUGGCUUGCAGUCGACAGGAGAGGCCCGCACAAGAGAAGUCCUGGAUGAAAACGACGGGCAUCUUGACAGAUUUGUCUCUGCCGCAGAGGGAGUGUUCCAGUCUUUAGUGCUUAAACAUUUCCCGUCAGAGAAACAACGGAGAGAGAAGGGCCCAGGGAAUAAGAGAAAGCGUAAGCCUCGGGGACGGCAGCCCAAGUUUCCAAAGCACACGGUGGACAGCGGCGGUGUGAUCAACAUCAGUGAUGACACCAGUAGCGACUCUGAGGGCAUGGACACAGACUCUAACUCUUCGCCAGACUCUCUGCUAGACAACGACGACGUCAUUUUUGUCAACCACACUAGCUGCCACACAGCCAGGAUAGAGGAGAUGAAGCAGGACCUCCUCAACAAGAUAUCCGUGCUGGGAAAAGAACUACCUCUCAAUACCUUGGACGAGCUCAUUGAUAAGUUCGGAGGACCAGAAAAAGUCUCAGAGAUGACUGGUCGUAAGGGUCGCGUGGUGCGGCGUCCCGAUGGCAGCGUCCGUUAUGAGACGCGUGCUGAGCAGGGCCUCACAAUCGACCACAUCAACAUCAAGGAGAAAGACCGCUUUAUGAAUGGAGAGAAGUUGGUGGCCAUCAUCUCUGAGGCGGCCAGCUCCGGUAUCUCCCUGCAAGCAGACAAGCGGGUGAAGAACCAGAGGCGCAGGGUGCACAUGACCCUGGAGCUGCCCUGGAGUGCAGACAGGGCCAUUCAGCAAUUUGGUCGGACCCAUCGGUCCAACCAGGUGACAGCCCCCGAGUACAUCUUCCUCAUCUCAGAGUUGGCUGGAGAGAGACGUUUCGCCUCCAUUGUGGCUAAGAGGCUUGAGAGCCUGGGUGCGUUAACCCACGGGGACAGAAGAGCCACUGAAUCCAGAGACCUGAGCAAAUACAACUUUGAGAACAAGUAUGGUACCAAGGCUCUGGAUAAAAUAACCAAAGCUAUCCUUGGCCACAUAGAGAACAAGGUCCCCCCUCCCAAAGGCUAUCCUGGGGGUGAGGCCAUAUUCUUCAGAGACAUGAAACUCGGGAUGAUGGAUGUGGGCAUCUUCUGUAAGGAGCCUCGUUUCGGGAUCAGUACUGAGAAAGACUGCACUAUCACCAAGUUCCUAAACCGCAUUCUGGGCCUGGAGGUCCACAAGCAGAACUGCCUCUUCCAGUACUUCACCGACAACUUUGACUACCUAAUCGAGAAGGACAAGAAGGAGGGCAAAUACGACAUGGGAAUCCUAGACCUUGCCCCAGGUAAUGAUGAGAUCUACGAGGAGAAGCAGGAGACUUUCCUGACAGUUGGAAACCCUCAGGACGGACAGGUUGUUCUUUAUAAGAUCAGUGUGGACAGAGGCAUGCCCUGGGAAGAGGCCUACGGGAAGGCACAGAAGCUCAGCAAUCCUGAAGAGGGAUUCUAUCUAUCUCACAAGCUGCGUGGUAACCACCCAUGUGUGCUACUAGCUGAACAAGGCCGAGGCAAAAAUUUCAUUGUCUACAAGCCUAACAUCGGCAAACAAACCCACCCUGAGAGCCCGGACAGCCUGCAGCAACGUUACCGAAAGGUGACCCCUGAGGAAGCUCAGGAGUGCUGGGAGAACCAGUUCACAUUCUCCUUCAAGAAGUGUAGCCAUGCCAAUUGGAAUGGAAAAUGUAAGAAAAUUGAGGAAGGCCAGGAGUGUCUGCAGGGCAUGCGUCUCCGUCAGUACCAUAUGUUGUGCGGCGCACUGUUACGUGUGUGGAAGCGCGUGGCCGAUGUGGUUUCUGACAUCACCAGCUCCAGCAUCCUGCAGAUUGUUCGCCUCAAAACCAAACAGCAUAAUAAACAAGUCGGUAUCAAGAUCCCAGAGAACUGUGUGGCCCGUGUGCGUGAGGAGCUGGUGCUGAUGGAUGAGGAAGUGAAGAGGAGGCGCAAGGAGAAGGAGCAGCAGGCUGUGGAACAGCGACUGGCUGAGCGCAAGCGCGAACUGGAGCAGAACAAAUACCUCCGGGCCAAUCUGUUCAGCCAGAACCCCAUCCUCAACCAGUCACUCACCCUAUCUCUGGUCCAGAAUCAGUCCCUAGUCCAGCAACUGAACCAACACCCUCUACAAAGGACUCAAACCCCAAGCCUCUCCCAAAUAACGCUACAGAGAGCCCAGAGAACCCAGUCCACUUUACAGCGGGCCUCCCAAAACUUAAACCUCAUGUCCUUACAGGGGAACAGCCUCACCCAACAAAGGACUCAGACCAACCGGCCGAGUAACAGCACCACCACUCCCACCACCAACCAGGGCUCUCUGCCCAGCAUGGCCAGCCUCAGCUCCCAUUUCUCCCAGUUCCCCCCCCCACCCUUCUCAUUGCCACAUUUUAAAAACCCCUCCCAUGCACUCCCUCAAACCACACCGUCUGCCACCUCCUCCAAAAAUCCUCUUGAGAUCUUGGAUCUGACGAUGAGCUCACCAUCCCCCUCCCCAGACAGCACGGAGGGCGGGCUAAGUCUGGACAGCCUGACCGGAUCCUCUGGAGCGUUCACGGAUGACUUUGGUCUAGAGUCUUUGUUGGCCCAGCACACUGCACAAAUCCAGCAGCCGCCGUCUCUUUUGCCACAACAGCAGCAGCAGCAGCAUCUACAGGCCAGACAGCACCAGGAGAACCAGAACGUACUAGUGAACAACCACCAACCAGACUUUUUAGACUUCUUAGAACAACUGCCCCCGUCUUACCAACCGUCAGCUCAGAGAGCCAACCAUUCAUCCUCUACCUCCUCCUCUUCCUCUUCCACUCCUACCACCCCGUCUGUCUCAAACAACCUGGUGUCUCAUGUCUCUCCUGGCCUCCUCUCCACAUCUACCCUCAUCCCAUCAUCUUCCUCGCCCUCUCUUUUUGCAAACACACCCUCCUCUUCUCUCUUCUCUUCCCCCUGUCUCCUCUCCCCAUCAGACUCUCUGUCCUUACCCAAUGGCCACUGCAGCUCUGACGCACUCAACUUUCGUGAGGUCCUGAACAACAUGCUACAGGGUCCUGACCGCAAGUCUGUCAUUCAGUACCGGCAACCAGACUGAGCAACAGUUCAUUUGGAUUCUGUCUUUGGUUUUAUUUUGUUUUGUUUUGUUUUGUUUAUCAAAGCAGAUUGUGUCUUGUUCGCUGCUGUCUGUGAACGCACCCUUAGACCUGCUCCCACUCCCCUCAGGGCCUAUAGUCACAUCACUGCCUGUCCUGUCUUGUCCUGCACUCAGCUCACCCCUCUCUCUCUCCAUCUGUAGCAUUCACCUUCCAGGGUCACAGUCACUGGUCCUGAUGUUUGAGUGACUGUUAAGGUGAUAGGGGGCUUGAAUGAUAUCACAUUUCUACACCAAAGUGUCCCCUUGACAGUGAAAGGCAGCUGUAAUAAAAGUAUGAUUUUUGCCAUUUGGAAUACCCAUAUGAUUUUGUGACAUGUAAAAAAAUAUAUAGCUCAUUAAUUGGGGUAAUUCUUGUAGAAGUACUUUACUGAGAAAACACCUCCCCCUGCUGGUUGGAUGUGGUAUGAUAGGUGAAGUUGCUGGAACCUAAAUGCCUUUCAGCGGUUAUAAUCAUAUAUUGUGUGAGUUUGCUUCUCUGUUGUCCUGUUAAUUCCCUUGAUGGCCAUUCGUCUUGAUUAUUUCAAGGCUGUGUACAUAGCUUGGUUUGAACAAAAGAAAGCUUUCACUCAAAAGAUGAUUGAACUGGAAGGCAGAAUUGAAACAGUUGAGUUCACUUAGAUAGCCAUGAAAUGCCUCAGUUUUCAUUUUCUUCUACAUGCCCCUCUUGUUUCUCUUUCUGCUUGUAUGAACACUAGUGUGAGGAGGAAGGGAGAGAAAGAGCAGUCUGCUGUUGCAAACAGUGCCUUUGGAGAUAUCUACUAAAAUGCAGUCUUUAAAAACCCAUAUAGGCCUAAUGUAUAGAUUUGUACUUCUUGAGCUUCUUUUGGUUUUAUUCUUAAUUUAUUAUGGUAUAUUUGUAUUUAACUUGUAGCCCCUCAUUCAGUAGUUGUUGGUGUUGUAAUAUGCUGGUGUGGGUUUUUAGGAAUAACUAAUAAACCCUGUUAAGCCUGUAUGUAUAUGUAUGUUUAUCUGUGGAGCCCAUACCUGUCCUAUAGUAGAGCAGCAGUCUUUUCCUCUGUCUGUUCCCCUUCUGUCCCAACUGAUAGGCAGAGCGCCUGGGGUCAGUAUGGGACUGAUGUUGCAUGGAUAACUCUAUUGAGCAGAAUGGGUUAAAGUUAUGUCAAAAAAAGAAAUGAUUACCCAGUUUGAAAAAAAAAAAAGCCAACAACAUUUGGUGAUGUGACUCCUGGUUUGCUUUGAUUUUGAAGUUCUCAGGAAAGUCUGGAGUGUGUCGUUUGUCUGUUUUUUGUAUCGUUUUGACAGUUAUUGAUAUGAAAAAAUGUUUUCAGUCCGUCAUUACGGUGGAUAUCUAAAAUCGAUACACACUUUGAAACCUUGUAGUUUUUACUUUCUUGAGGUCUGAGAAGAAACCCCAUUAAAUCUUCAAAUAAAUAUUAUUAAAUCAUCACAUCUUCAAAUAAUACAUUCUCAAAGCACUUUUUGCUUUGAUAACUGCAGUAAUUAUGGUUAAGCCUCUACAGACUACACACUUCUGGAUGUAGGCAUUUCCCCCAUGUUUUUCCCUAAGAAUUCAAAAUCAAAUAAAAGUCUAAUUGAAUAGGUUUUCAUUUCAAACCUCAUAGUAAUGAAAUCUAGAUGAUAUGCAGGCGUGUGUAGAUUUUUAAUAUCCACUGUAUAAGAUAGUAUGUGUUUGAAAACCUGUGAGAUCUGGCCAUCUGUGUGUGACAUAAUGCACUGUAGUUGGUUCAUGACAAAAUGCCUGGAUAAGUUCAAAUGAUCAAAAAGCAAUAAAACCAGAUUCUACAUUUGUUAUGAAAUAGAAAAGCCUAAGUACUGUUUACGCUCAACAACAGCAAAGCUUUGUGAUUACCUUUGCAUGGUAUGAAUUGGAUUCUUGUUAUUUCUGUUGUGCUUCUUAGUUUUAUUAGUUGAAAAGAGCUGAAAUACAUACAACCUUUGUAUAGAACAUUGUCAUGGGAUGAAAGCAAUGUGUUGUUGAUGUUUUCAUCAUCAUUGUUAUUAUAAAAGUUAUUAUUAUUGAUAUUGAUAUUUAUAUUUAAGGGAUAUUUAGAUUUUAGAUAUGUUAUCCUGCUUAUUACGUAGUUAAAAAGUUUGGUCAGGGAAGUUUCUAGUUUUCAAGAUUACUAUAAAACAAAAACACAAAAGUCUAUUAUAACCUGCCACCAAAUAAGAUUGCACUGUUCUGUACUGCUGUACAGUGUCUGGUCUUUUUUCUGCUCAUUUCGAUUUUGCUUUUCUCAAGUAGGAUUGUUUCUCCGACUUGUACAGACUGUGUCAGGCCUUCAGUUCGCAGAGAGAUACCAAAGUAUUCCACAGACACCCCUGAAGUUACUGGCUCUAAGAUAUCGGAUCUUUUAUCAAUCUCAGGAAGAAACCUUAAAAGGUGUAUUGGUGGGGGGUGGGGAGGGUGGGGUAGAAAUAUUAUCAUUUUCCCUUUUUAACAGUGGUGAAACUAACCGAUACAUUUGAUUGCUAUGUUUUCUUCACUCUGUGCUGUGACUCUUUUGCUGUAUUUUUUUUUUUUUUUUUUUUUAUGUUAUAGACUUAAUGUGAUGGGUUUGUUAUUUGUCAUUGUUGUGAAAAUGUCAGUGAUUUUAAAUGUUUAUGCCUUCUUAGGGCAAAGAUCAAAAGCUGUUUCUUUUUAUGGAACAUUAUUACCAUUUUCCUCUUGGACAGUUUUAUUUUUGAAGUUAUGCAGCAGUUCGUAGAGAGUUAAACUGUGUUAAGGCUGACAUAGAUUUUGAGUAGAUUUGCACCCAAGUGAUACUGAUGAUGUGCAGUUUAUCCAAGUCUUUACCCCUCCAUUAUGACAUGACAGAUGACACAUCUUCUCUUUUAAUCAAUUAUUGCAUGUUUUGUUUUUUUUCCGUGUUGAUCCUUUCACCCUCUUUCAUUUUGCUUCUAAUAUUCCUGGUCAGGCACAUUCCAAGAUGUCAGACAGUACACACAAGAUUUGCGUCUCCCCUUUGUUUUACAUGGCCACACAAGUAAAGCUUUAUGCAUCUGAGGGAAAUGGAUAUGGACCUGCAGUUUGAGGAAAACAAAAAUAAAAAUCUGCAUUUGUUUUAGCCAUGUUACUCUGUUGAUUAGUCUAGUUAGGGCUUCUGUCAUUUUUAUCCUUUUGCACUAAGAAUGGCAUAAUCAAGUUACUGUUGUCCUGUUGGUUAUGAUAGAGUCGCAAACCUGUUUCUGUUCCCAACUUUUUGAUGGAUUUCUGUGUAUACUGUAACCAUCUUCCUUGUUUCCCCACUUCUUGCAUAUUACAAAAAACGUUAUCACAUUUAAAUAAUUUAUUGCUAACAAAAAAAUGAAACAAAAAACAUGCUACUGAUUGUAUGUAUUUUUAAACAAAGCCUAUUUUUUCUGUAAAAAAAAAACAAAACAAAAAUGUGUUCAGCACUUUUAUUCUGGGUUGUGCUUUUGUUUUCUAUAUAUUUAUAAUUUAGAUCGACAUGUAUAUAUUGUAAAAAAUUGUGCCUUUCGACUAAUUCGUUAAAAAGGUUUUCUACUCCUUAAAGGAAGGAUUAUAUCAAAUUGCAAUCUUAACUUUGUAAACAAAUAAAAACUUGAAGAUUGCUGAAA